AUGCGACCCUUCCUGCCCUAUGCGGGGAAACUCCUUUUGCGUUUUGAGCGUUCGCCUCUCGAAAAACAUGCUGGAAGACGCGUCCUCGUCUUACGUGUCGUGCAAGUCCUCGAACCAAUCAAGCACCUCGUGGAAAACUAUGACGGCUAUAUCAAGCUGCCAGAGGAGGGUGAAUUGAUUGUUCGACGAGGCAAGCCUGUGCGGAUAGACGUUGACAUUCACUGGAAGAACACGCCUAUGAACCUCAUGUAUGACUUGGCGUACCCUUCUACUUAG